UGAUGUCUUUUUUUUUCCCCCCUUUAGUGUUGCCCGGAAUAUCAGAGAAUUGGGAACAAUCCUAUUUUGGGAUUGUCCACCUACUGUGGUGGUUUAUAAACAAGGAUAACUGACUAUGCCCCCCAGGAAGUCACUGGUUCUCCGCCAAUCACAAAGUUAAAUGAAGGAUGGCCCCUAAGGAUUUUAUCAUGUGAAGUCUUCCUGGAUUUUCUGGCUUUCUCUUUUUAGAAAUGCAAAUAAAGAAGAUGAAGGAUAUUGGACAGCAGUUAUAUACCACCCAAGGGAAUGACGGACAUAAUUCCUUGACCAUGUCACCCAAACAACCGAAUGCUAAUAGAGCGACUCGACCAGAUAGACAAGAAGCACAAGCUCUUUUGUGUCAAGGGUCAGAGGCCGAGGCUGCCGUGAUGACCAUUGCUACGUGUGCGAAGUGCAAAAGUGUUCACAAAAUCCCACUUCAAGAUUUGAAAAAGGGUACUGGGCCAAGCCAGAAGGAAGACAAAUACGUUUGCUUCAAAUGCAGCCUCGGUGUGGCUACUCCCCAUUUUCACUUUGUGAACAGUAAUCCCAGUGCUACUCCUGUAGGAAAUAAAGCUGAAGCCAUCGCCGGUUCCGUCAAUAACAAAUUUAAGGUGAGGAACUUCAAGCCAGGCAAAUACUAUUGUGAUAAAUGUCGGUUUUCCACAAAGGACCCUCUGCAGUACAAAAAGCACACGCUUCAACAUGAAGAGAUUAAAUUCAUCUGUUCUCACUGCAGCUACAUUUCCUACACAAAAGGGGAGUUCCAGAGGCACCUGGUGAAGCACACAGGCAUAUUCCCGUACCAAUGUGAGUACUGCGACUAUGGUGCUAUUAGGAACGACUACAUUGUCAAACACAGGCGGAGAGUACACGAGAGGGCCGGGGGAAGGCGGCCGCCCAAAACUGUUGCCAAGCUGGAGCCAAAAAGAACCAGCACAUCGAAACAAAACACAGAGCUCUUAAAACCUCCCAAUCCAAGGACUGCAUUUCAGAAUAAGUUGUCCGAUCAACUCUCAAGGUUCUCCCUCCAUACAAAUAAAGACAAAAUGCACAAUAUUAUGUUGUUGCCUGAACCAAAGGAAUACCAAAAAGAUGUAGUGUGUAUUCCGGAUAAAGUGACCUUGUCGGAGCCCAAUGAGGGCAGAGUGUUUGAGAACCAAAGCGUGGAGGUAGAAGUGGUGUCCCCGGCGAAAGAGCCGGUGCAGCCGGGAAUGCCGUUGACCGUGGUGGCACCAGCAGAACUCGUCGUCCCUGCCAACUGCUUAGCGCAGCUGAUGGAUGUGAAGGUCGUCAACGGGACCCAGCAGCUUGUCCUGAAACUGUUUCCUCUGGAAGAAAGGAACCGCCCUGAAGCUGCUGGCGGUGCAGGGGGUGAUUCUGAGCGUAUGACUGAAGAGAAGGGUUUGGCCGGACCAGGAAAACUGGUUUCUGCAAGCCAAACGAAGUCCCUGGCGAUGGAAGGGCGUGUUGGGAAACUGACAGGCAUUGAUAACCUUCAGUCGUCAGUUCAGAAACAACUUAAAAAUGUGAAGUGGGUCAGGUCUUAUGAUUUUUUCAUGACAAAUUCUAGUGCGCACAACCGUGGAGAAUCCCUCCUCAACCCGGAUACAGUUGAGGAUUUCCAGAAGAAAAGUAGUAUGUAUCCACAUAGACAGGCUCUUCCCUCUCUCUCCUUGAAAGGUCAUUCUCCAGCAUCUGUAGCAAAAAACAGUGUUUUCCGCAGUCUCGGCACUGCGUCCGACCCUUUCCCUUAUAAAGCUGCUGUUUCUUUGGCUGAAGAUGGAAAGAACUCGCACGGUGACUUGCAGCAGUUACUUCCCCGGGCUGUGUCGCCUGCAACCAUGUCCUUCUCUGGAGAAAAGCGCUUGUUGCCUCUAAGUCCCAAUAGCUUGGAAUCCAGAAAGGAGAUCAGUAUUCCUGUAAAAAUGGUUCCCUCUCAUAGGAAGUCGAAAGACAAGCAGAUGGAGGAACCCAAGGCAGUUUCAAAUACAGGCCAGAUUUCCUCUCAACCUAAAAGCGAGUAUUUGCACAUAAAUAUAUCAGAAGACAGAAUCGGGUCUCAGCUGCCCAGGGAGGAGCCUUUGGAGUUAAAGAAUCCUGAAAGGACUAAGGACUCUUUCGAUGGUCCAGUCAUCUCAUCAGUAUUUUCUCUGAGCUCUGGGUCUGAAAACGUCCCUGAGGGUGUUAAGUGGAACAGCUCAACGUCCAAAAUAAAGUCAAUUGAACUCUUGCGCAGAAAGAUAGCUCAGUUAAUCGAAUCCUGUGGCAAGCCGUCGUCUUUGUCUGCAAAUAACGCACAUCGCCGUUCUGUAGGGCAGGCAUCGAAGGGAACUUCGAAAGCUGCUCCUGAAGGUAUUCACGAAAUUAACGUGUCGUUUUCUGGCCCUGGCUAUUCCACAGGCACGCUCCCAAAACCUCAGGAUGAUGGUGGUCUUAAUGGGCCACGCACCCAACAGCAAAUCUACCCACAGUUUAUAGAAGGCAGCAGUGGGAAAACUGAAAGCAGAGUAACCAGGAACGCCCAUGCCGCUACUCCAGUGUUGAUCCCCAAAGGGGCUGUGUUGAGGGUUCUUAAUUCUUCUGAAGACGCCCACAUUAUAGAGGCAACGUGUGAAGCACCCGUCAGCAUACCUGGCAGUGAGACCCAGUUAAUAAAACCCAUUCCAUUCUGCCCAGUGAGACAGACAGACGCAGACUUACAGUCUUUGACAAGUGAAAGCGGGCCAAUGGACAUGUCCCAAAAUCUUGAUAUACCUCUUCGGCCAAAACCAAGAAAAGAGAGUGCUAUUUGUGGGACCAUGCCUAAAAAAACUGGCCCCUGGCUUGGGCAACCAGGAAGCAGUGAACUGAGUAAACAAGGCAAACUGCUUUCCAGAAGUCUUCCUAUAAGUAAAAAUAAAACCAAACAAGUGAACUCAUCCAAGAAGAAAAGCAAAAUCCAGGCUGAUCCCAGCCACUAUCUCAAGGAUCCUUCAAUUUUUCAGGUUGCAAGACAGCUUCGACUGAUCGCCGCUAAACCAGACCAGUUGAUUAAAUGCCCCCGUCGGAACCAGCCCGUCAUUGUGUUAAACCAUCCUGAUGUUGACUCUCCAGAAGUCUCCAAUGUGAUGAAGGUAAUCAACAAGUACAAAGGCAAUGUCCUCAAAGUCGUCUUAUCGGAGAGGACUAGGUGUCAGUUAGGCAUCAGACGGCAUCACGUUCGCCUGACCUACCGGAACGUGGAGGAGGCCAGUCAGAUAAAAAGGCAGAUGAUGUUGAAAAUGAAACUUAAAAAAGUGCAUAAAAACAACUACCAGGUGGUGGAUUCCUUGCCUGAUGACUCAUCUCAGUGUCUAUUUAAGUGCUGGUUUUGUGGGCGGCUGUAUGAAGACCAGGAGGAGUGGAUGAGUCAUGGCCAACGGCAUUUGAUAGAGGCAACCAGAGAUUGGGAUGUCCUUUCUUCCAAGGGCAAAUAAGUAAAAAACGGUCUUUGAAGCAAAUUGUUUUUCUUACUUUUAGUUUAUUCUAGUUUGUUUGUUCUCCCCCCCUCCCCAACUCAGUAGGAGAAACACAGAUUGUAGGAAUGGGAGGACCGUUCAUUCUUCAGAGACCUUGUAGGAAUGUUGAGAGCCAGGAGUCUUAACCUGAGAUAAGAGACUGGACCUUGGAAGGUAUUUGAAGGCCCUGAAAUAGUAUGCACAAAUCUGUACACGCAUUUUUCUGGAGAGAAGUGAAACUUCCAGAUCUCCAGUGGGAUCUGAGACUUUUCUUUGUUUAGCACCCCUUUUUUCUGAGUAGGUACAAAUUUUCUGUGAUCUAUUCAGAGGGGCAAGUUUAGAGUGUUUUACACAUUGCAUACAAAAUGCUACUGUGGAAUUAAACCCUAUCUUGGUGUGCACAUCCGUUGUUUUCUGCAUUAACUCAUGUGCUGCAUAUUUGGUACAUAAUGGAAAUUACACUUUCUACUUUGUUAUCUUAAAUUUGGUUCUAGAAAAGUGGCUAUUCUUUGAAAUUCCUCACCCACUCGGCAGUACUCAGAAGUGUUGUCUUUAGCACAGAGCCUUGUGCUUUUGUUGGCCACUUUAAGGAAUGAUUCCAAGGGUUUGCCUGAGCAGUAGAUGUUAGGGGAGGAAAGAAACAUUUUUAAACCUUUGCUUUCUUUUUGAAUGUCCUGAUUUAUGACAGUUGGGGAGGGAAUGUGCCUUUAAAAAAAAAAAAGGCAUGGUCACAGAGGGAAAAUAUCUAAAAGUAAGGCUCUCCUGUUUGUCCCUACCACCCUCACAAACAUAAAGUAACCAAUUUAAAAUGUGAAUGAACAGGCUUCCUAAAACAUAGAUAAAACUGGGGAAGACAGUUCAAGGUAGGAUUGUGAAGAGACUUAUGACUUUAAUGUGACCAUUAGUUUUCAUUUGAGAACUCAGGCACAGACCGGGGGCGAAGGCUGAGCGCACUCUCUCCACCACUUAGGAUUUCAGACACUGCCCCCCAGCCCAUAGCCUGCUGUCCCUCUGGCAGUUCUCUGAACCGGCUCUCCUGCGGAGUGACACGCUUCCCUGCUCACCUCCUGUCCCCUUCCUUUUGUGCCUUUGAGACCCCUUAAGGCUUUCCCUCAUGAAAAUACAAAAAACAGGCAGGAAUCCACAAAAUAGAAACAUCCCACCAUCUUUGUGGAGGUUAUAGAAACACGAUUCCCGGUUUUCACCGGUAGUCACAGUCUGCUUCUAAUUUAUCUUCUCCAGUCUUGUUCUCCCUCUCGCUCACCUUUCCUAGGUAGUAACUCUCGAGAACACCUGCUUCCUUCUCCACCAGCAGAUGCCAGGACCACGGCUGGUCCACACAGCACCUUUGUGUGCAUUAGGAAACACUCCCUUUGCACCUGCACCACCCCUUGGGCAGGUCGGUGGCCUGGCUGAGGGAGCUCAGGCUGGAUUUCAUCUUCGCUUGCCCACUCCACCAGGAAGCGACCACCACGCUGAACACACCCGCAGGGCGGCCCCAGCUCUGUUGUCCUCACUUUAAGACUGCUCCUUCCUUAGGGAAUUCGAUAGUGCAGUGAAUGAAACUGGGGGCCGUUAUAUCUGAAAAAGACUUGAGUGAGAUUUCCAUUUUGUUGAAAAUGAAAGCACAAGUAAGUGAUGAAUCUGAUUUAUAUGAACAAACAAGAGUAGAAACUCCUGAGGAUCAUUUCGUUGCAGUAUUUCAUCCCCGUGCAUUUCUAGUUGGUGCUUUUUGGGAAAUGGAUCCUGUGUACCACUUCACCACAUAGAGGAGAGCGCCCUGAAGCGUGAGCCGCGUGUAGACGUGUAUCCUGCCAGCCUGAUGGAAGGCUCCCAAGACACUGAGAAGAAAAGGCUGUGAUUUUUUUUUUUCUUCCUCCUUCUAUACCUCACUGCUUGGUAGCAUCUUUCUCGAGAGGCUAGAGCAUGACCUUUCAGGAAAGAUGACCAUGAAUCAGGUCAGAGUGUUAAGUGUCAACAUGAAAUAUUUAUACAUUGCAGCAUCAGCCGCCUUUUCAAGUAUUACCUAAAAGUCAGCUUAUGUAACUCAUAUGGAGCUCAAUUUUAUAAGUAGACUACGUAAGUUUUUUGGGGAUUUCCAGAGCUACAGUACUUUUUUGAGGCAUUAAGAGGGCUCCUGAAAGUCAUAAAAAAUGAGAAAGCAAAACAUGUCUGUCCUCCCUAUGUGAAGAACUUUAGGAAAUAGCUUGUUAACACGUAGGUAAAUGUCAUGAAACAUUUCUAACAAAAUUGGACAAGGUAGGGGUAGAACUGUGUUGAGUACUUACAUACCCCAUCUUGAUUUUGAAGGACCUGUACUCACUAAAUUUUUUUAUUAAUAGUACUUACUAAGAAAAUUUUAAACUUAUUAAGAGUUUCUUACUUUUGGGGGUCAGAAAUGAGACCAUCUUGUUACAGUUAGGACAGAGUGAAAAUUUUUAAAAAAUGACUCAUAGUCUCAUAGAUCAUAUUUUACCCAAAUUUUUGUCCCCUGCCCAAAACAUUUUGUGAGCCCUACCAUGGGCCAAAUGCUGUUUGUUAAACUAAACUGAACACAGUUUAUUAACCCUCAAGAGCUCCAUCCCUCUUUCUUCACAACCUACUAAGUAAAUCAUCCCAGGAAACAAAGAUGUGACGUUGCUCGGCCUUUGGAAUAACUUUUGAAUCUGUAAAUGUCUGUAUGAGCAGAAAACAAAACAUUGCAUAACGCGUUUUAAGCAUUAUUGUAAGUGCUGUGUUAACGGUGUGUUUGCUGCUCUGGUUUUGAAACACGUUUGUAUAUAGAUCUAGAAGUUGGCGUAAAUUUUGUUAAAUAAAGCAACUGUAAAAUGUUC